AUGCUUCUGGAUGCUGGACCGCAGUAUCCCGCCAUAGGAGUCACUACCUUCGGAUCCUCUCGCCACCACUCCACGGCCGAUGUCACGGACAGAGAAGUGGGUCUGGGGAUCAAUCCCUUUGCUGACGGCAUGGGCGCCUUCAAAAUCAACCCCAGCACCCAUGAGCUGGCCUCGGCCGGCCAGACCGCUUUCACCUCGCAAGCGCCCGGCUACGCGGCGGCGGCCCUGGGGCACCACCACCACCCGACCCAUGUCAGCUCCUACUCCAGCGCCGCCUUCAACUCCACCCGGGACUUUCUGUUCCGCAACCGCGGCUUCGGGGAGGCGGCGGCCGCCAGCGCCCAGCACAGCCUCUUCGCCUCCGCCGCCGGCAGCUUCGCCGGACCCCACGGACACACCGAUGCCGCGGGACAUAUACUUUUCCCGGGGCUGCACGAACAAGCCACCAGCCACGCAUCGCCUAACGUGGUGAACGGGCAGAUGCGCCUGGGCUUCUCCGGGGACAUGUACGGCAGACCCGAUCAGUACGGACAGGUCACCAGCCCCCGCUCCGAGCACUACGCCUCGACCCAGCUGCAUGGCUACGGCCACAUGAACAUGAACAUGGCAGCCCACCACGGGGCAGGGGCCUUCUUUCGUUACAUGAGGCAGCCCAUCAAACAGGAACUCAUCUGUAAGUGGAUUGAGCCCGAGCAAUUGUCAAACCCAAAAAAGUCCUGCAACAAAACUUUCAGCACGAUGCACGAGCUGGUGACUCAUGUCACGGUGGAGCACGUUGGAGGACCCGAGCAGUCCAAUCACAUAUGUUUCUGGGAAGAGUGUCCAAGAGAAGGGAAACCUUUCAAGGCCAAAUAUAAACUUGUAAAUCACAUCAGAGUCCACACAGGUGAAAAACCUUUCCCCUGCCCUUUCCCAGGCUGUGGCAAAGUCUUUGCCAGAUCAGAGAAUCUCAAAAUACACAAAAGAACUCAUACAGGUGAAAAACCAUUUAAGUGUGAAUUCGAGGGCUGUGACAGGCGCUUUGCAAACAGCAGCGACCGCAAAAAGCACAUGCAUGUGCACACUUCUGACAAGCCCUAUCUCUGCAAAAUGUGUGACAAGUCCUACACGCACCCCAGCUCCCUCAGAAAGCACAUGAAGGUCCAUGAAUCAUCCUCGCAGGGGUCCCAGCCUUCUCCCGCCGCCAGCUCAGGCUAUGAGUCCUCCACCCCUCCAACCAUCGUCUCUCCAUCCACAGAAAACCAGACCGCCAGCUCCUUAUCCCCUUCUUCCUCUGCAGUCCACCACACGUCCAGCCACAGCACGCUUACAUCAAAUUUUAACGAAUGGUACGUCUAA